CUUGCGCGUCUUUAGUGGAUUUCAUUUGUACAAAAGUUAUAAGUUGAUAAGUUAAGGUGUUUGUACGUGAGCUUUGUGUAUUGUUUAUGUGUGACCAAACCCAAAGAGAUUAAAUCUACAGUGACACAGAGCAGACAAAAGCAGCAAGUCCUCACAUUUACCAAGCUGAGAACAGGAAGAGUUAUGACUCAGUUGUCAAUAUAGCUGCCUACUAAACUUCUUGCAGUUGACUACUUCAUUAAUGAGCUAAUCUUAGAGGUGUGAAAAAUGUUGGUGAUGACGAGACAAUGGUAGGAUAGGUUUCUAACAGCUAAAAGUAAAUGCAAAUAUAAUUUAUGUUUACAUUUUCACAGUUAAAGCAACAUUUUGUAACUCUUCUCUUACAGAUUUUAAAUCAUAUCGAUGCUUCACUGACUCAUAAUAUUGACUGGACUGUGAGCUCAGAGCACCGGGGGGAGCGUGGUUUGGUUCAGGUCCAUGACGCAGGGGAAUGCUGACGGUGACCGGAGCUGUUGUGGUGCCAGAACCGGAGCUGGGCGAGCUGGGCAAUGCUGCAGCCGCCUCUAUGGAUACAGUGAGAGGUGAAGAGACCAAAGGUCAGGACUCCGUUCAAGCCAUGGCACAGGGACGUAUCGUGGGAGGAUACGCACCAGUUCCACAUUCAAUCAAGUACAUUGUGUCGAUACAGACCACAGACCGUCGGCACAUCUGUGGGGGUUCCUUGAUAAAUAAAUUCUGGGUAAUCACAGCGGCGCACUGUGACAUUGGGGUAAAAUACAUGAUGAUAGUGGCAGGGGACUACUCUCUGGCCAUCUAUGAGGGCACAGAGCAAGAAAUCAUGCCCCAACUUUUGGUUCCGCACCCUGGCUACAACAAAACCACCAAGAACAAUGACAUUAUGCUGAUAAAGCUGAGGGCCCCAGUCUAUCUGAACAGCUACGUGUCCAUCGCCCUGCUGCCCCGUCAUGGUGCCUCCAUAGCGGAGGGCAGAAUGUGUCGAGUGUCAGGCUGGGGUUACACCAGCGCCUCCGGAGGACAGAUUCCCUCCACCCUUCGCACUGUCAAGCUCCCAAUCGUCUCCACAGAAAAGUGCAACAGCAGCGAGUCAUUCAACGGCAUCAUCACAGAAAACAUGCUCUGUGCUGGUUUAAGCACCGGAGGGAAGGAUGCCUGUAAGGGAGACUCCGGAGGUCCGCUCGUAUGUGACGGUCGGAUCUACGGCGUGGUGUCCUGGGGGAGAGGGUGUGCUGAUGCCCAGUUUCCCGGAGUCUACGCCGCUGUGUCCAUGUUUCGCAGGUGGAUAGACAACACCAUAUUUAGCUACUACAAUAGAUGUAACUAGGGUUAAAGUCCAAUGUUACUGAGAUUUAAAAAAAACAGUGGAGACUUCAUUUUGAUUUCAGUUCUUUGAUUUAAUAUUUGUUCCAUUUGUGCACAUUUGGUUACAUUGUUGAUGUGUUAAAGGAAUAGUUUCACAUUUUGGGUAAUACCAAUAAAUCGCUUUCUAUCCAACACUUUUAGUCUAAAGUUCACCGGGCUGCAACGCGUCCAGAGUUGAUUGCGACAUGUUAUAACAACGUAAAUUACAGACACUAUCUGUAAAUAAAACCAACCCAACUAUUAUUGUAAGUAUUAUAUGAAGUUAUUGCUCAAUUUGGUACAGAAAAAUCACUUUAUUAUUUAUGCAGUAUUUUUCUGCUUUCUUAAAUUACAUACAAA